AUGGGGAUGAAGGCGCUGAGUGUUCAGAAUAUGGUUUCAUGGUCUUGUUUCCAUUUGGCCAAGACGACGACUACUACUACUACUGCUACUACUGACAUUCCCGAUCCCUCUGCUAACAUCAAGCUCAUUCUUUCCCACGGCGUUGUGAGAGUCUACCACCGACCCAUCUCUGUCUCUGAGAUUCUGCUUGAGUUCCCCAAGCACUUAGUUUGCCGAUCCGACGCCUUUUACAUCGGCCAGAAAAUCCCUCAUCUCUCCGAACACGACUUUCUCCAACUCGGCCAUAAGUACUUCCUCCUCCCCAAGCCCUUCUUCCACUCUGUUCUCUCUUUCGUCUCAAUCGCCUCUUUCUUCUCUCCUCCCAACAAACCAAACCGUUUCCACACCAAUGCCGCCGCCUGCCUCCACCCUUUCGACCUCCAACGAACCCCCUCCGGCUGCCUCCGAAUCCGAGUCUCCGACGAGUUCAUCUCUCAGUUACUCGAACAGGGGAAUCCGAAACCCCUGCCUUCACCGCCGUUGCCGCAAGGAAAAAUCUGCACCACGCCCCAGUUGGCCAAGGAAUACACCCAGCUGGUCAGAACCCGGCGAUGGAAGCCGAAGCUGGAGACGAUUGAAGAGAGCAGAAAGAAAGGCGGGAUUUCUCCAUUUGGGUUGAAGAAGGGAAACCCAUUUCCUUCUCCACCGCCACGAUCGUCCUACUCACUUCACCAUCUCCGUGCCAUUCACUACAAGCCGAAGAUCCGCAUAAAAUCCCGGGAUUAA